ACGAAACUUUAAUCGAUCGAUUCACUUGUGAAAAAAAACUGACAGAAACUUAAUUAAAUUAACAUAAUAACUGCAGUGAAUAACUAAACAGUGUUAUUUGUUAAAUAAUGUGCUUUAGUAAUUAUAAUAUUAACAGCGCCAUCUAGUCUUGUUUCCGAAUAUUGCAAAUUAGCGCUAAUUUCAAAAUAUUUAUAUUACGUUCUGUGAACUUAAGACAUAAUAAUUUAAAGGAGUGAAAAUACGAGGUAUAUUCAAAAAAGUGUGUGUAAUUUUUUCCUACAAUUGGGUUCUGGACCACCCAUAAUGGGGUGCGAGCUGACCAAGCUGGCAGCGUCGGAGUUCAACCACGACCUGCUGGAUCGUCCGCCACCGCCUGCCGACCCACGAUCACCGCUCACCACCAAGCAACAGUACUGCAUGCUGGCGUCAUGGAAAGGAAUCUUCAGACAGAUCGAAAAGACCGGAAUAUUAUUGUUUAUUAAAUUAUUCGAAGAGAACGAGGAAUUGCUACACUUGUUCGACAAGUUCAGUGAGCUACGCACCAUAGAAGACCAGGCACAAUCUGAAGAGUUAGCAGAACAUGCAACUAAAGUGAUGCACACGCUGGACGAGGGCAUCAAGGGUCUGGGCGACGUGGACAGUUUCUUCGCUUACAUCAGGCAUGUCGGUGCCACGCACCACCAGGUGCCGGGCUUCAAGGCAGAGAAUUUUUGGAAAAUCGAACAGCCGUUCCUCCAGGCAGCCAAAACUACGCUAGGCGACAGAUACACUCCAAACAUAGAAAACAUAUACAAACUAACCAUUAGAUUCAUAUUAGAGAACCUCGUCAAAGGCUACGAAGACUCGGCAGGAAAAGAGAAUGGGGAUACACAAACUUGACACGAAGUGGAAAACAAUAAACAUAUAACGAAUGACUUGAAUUUUAUUUUAAGUUAGGUCGAUUAUGCUUUGUGAAAAUUAUUUCCAUUUUCCAAACUAUAGUCAGCCUCAUAUGAGUGUAUUGUAGGAUAGUAUAAAUAGAUGCUAAUUAAUAUUGCUCUGAAGUGCAAUAUUAGCCAAGACAUUAUCAAUUUACAGUCAGCAUUUUAAUAUGCUAUUUUAUAAACAGAUAUUAACAGCAUCUCAAAUGAUAUCUUAAGUCAAAGCAUACGACGGAUUUGGACAGCCGAAUUUUAUUUACAUUUUGUUUAUAAACCUCACCGACUCAACGGACAGGCGCUUAAAUGUCAGCUUAAGUAUUUUUUAUUAAAUACAUACAAUGUCUUAAAUGAUAACAAAACGUUUUCCUUUCAACAGACAUACGUUUGAGGCUGACCGUACUGAAGGAAGAGUUAUCUCUUAUAAUUUCCAAAGGUUUAAGAUACUAGUGUCAAAUCAAUACAUCCACGCAAAUUCCUUAUGACAGCUAGAGUUUUGUUAUAAAUUUAAUAUUAUGACAUUGUUUGAAAAUUAUACAAAUACUGCAAUCAUUUUUAUAGAAAGUAUGCUCCCUGAAGAUUUUACUCCCCCAAUUUAUUACGCUUCCAAACUGCAAAUAUGUAAUAUACAACAUUUAGGUAUUACUUUACAUUUUAUUAUGAAAUUUAGGAAUAAUUAAACACUGCUCACGAAUACAAAGUUAUGAGUUAUAGUUUUUGGAUAAAUUGAAUUGCACAUAUCACAUAGUUCCAUGUCCUUUUAAGUUAAAAUAUCCAAUAAUCAUAGAAGAUAAAUAAGAAACCAUGAAUUAUUCUCUUUUCUAAUUAUUACCCACAUGAAAUUUUCAAAUAAAAUUUUUCUAACAAUGAUAAAAUCAACUCGGAACGCUGUAAUAGUGAGCCAGCGAAAUGUAGCUUUAGUAUAUUAUCAUAUAUCACUUCACAAUAUUGUCUGGGCUAUGGGAGCGUACUGUACACAAAUAAUAUUAAAUUCUUAAAAUAAUAUUUAAGACUUUAUAGUUUUUCAUUUAGUUAAGAUUUUUAAAAAUUAAAAAAUAAUAAAAAUACUGUACAUUUGAUACAUAAUAUAUCUGAUGACUGGUUUCUAUGUUAUACAUAUACGUAGAACUUAAUUAUUCAGUAAUUAAAUAUUGUUGCCUAUUA